UACAGUUCCAGUAUACCCCUGGUACAGCCCUGGUACACCCCCAGUAGAGCCCAACUACAGUCCCAGUACAGCCCCAGUAUACCCCUGGUACAGUCCCAGUACAGCCCCGGUACAGUCCCAUUACAGCCCCAGUAUACCCCCAGCACAGCCCAAGUAUACCCCCAGCACUGCCCCAGUACAACCCUGCCACAGCCCCACUACAUUCCCAGUCUGUAACAAGACCACCCCCCAGCCUGUGGCCAUCUGCAGGGCAGGGGCUUCUGCUCUCGAUCCCAAUGGUCCCAAUGAUCCAAAUGAUCCCAAUUAUUUCAGUGAUCCCCGUGAUCCCAAUGGUCCCAAUUACCCCAAUGAUCUCAAGGAUCCCAAUGAUCCCAAUUACCUCAGUGACCCCAACGAUCUAGAUUAUCAGAAUGAUCCCAAUAAUCUCAAUGACCUCAAUAAUCCCAGUGACCCCAGCGAUCCCAAUGGUCUCAGCUAUCCCAGCGAUCCCAAUGAUCUCAAUGGUCCCAGUGAUCCCAAUGAUCUCAAUGGUCCCAAUAAUCCCAACGAUUUCAAUGGUCCCAAUGAUCCCAACAAUCCCAAUGACCCCAAUGAUCUCAAUGACCCCAACAAUCCCGGUGACCCCAACAAUCCCAGUGACCCCAAUGAUCCCAACAAUCCCAAUGAUCCCAAUGACCCCAAUGAUCUCAACGACCCCAACAAUCCCA